AUGGGAUAUGACUCCCAAGUUAGGACAAAAAAACGACAUCGAAUUACUGUAGUAUGCACAAAUUGCAAAAAAAGGAAAAGUAAGUGCGAUCGAACGAAACCAUGUGGAACAUGUGUACGACUGGGAGAUGUGGACAGCUGUGUCUAUCUCACCGAUAGCUCUGGACAACCUGAAAGCAGUCCUUCAUUGAAUGAUGCUGACCCUCUGAGGAAACAAUCAACUCCUGCGGAACGAAUAAGUCCAGGUUUCAUUAAGAAAAGAAGAUCGUCACAGACAAGACAAGACGAAGAUCACUGGCAAAGAGUACGAGAACUUGAAAAUCAAUCAUCACUUUAUUAUCUACCAAUUCAUGAAGAAACUCCAUUUUUUAUUGACCUCAUCCCUAAUGGGUUUUAUUUAGAGACCAAAAGGUCUGCUGAUAAUUUAUUUGGUCUGUUCACGGAUAGAGCAAUUGAAAAUCGCGACCCCUAUCUCCAAGCAAUGGUAACAUUUAGAAGUAUCGCAAUCAAAAAAAUGAUGGAUAAAUUGGGAAGCAACGGCAAUAAUGUGAAAAAUGGAAGCUUGCCUAAAUCUUUCGAAGCUUUAUCCACUUUCGAUGCUGAUGACGAACGCCACAUUAGCGAUGAUGUUGUUGGUAAGGGCAAUAACUUCCGCAUGCAUCAGACUAUUCACAAAUCAUUGUUUAACAAAUUCGCUCAAUACAGAGAAAAUAAUGCUAAAAAAUUCAGCUCAGAAACUAUAUUAGCAAAGGAUUAUUUGCCUCCUUUAAAAAUACUUGAAAGUGAGGUUUUAGCACUUUUUGAAGAAAAAAUUUACAAUAUGAUACCGAUUUUCGAUAUGAAAGUUUUGCGUCAUGAAAUAACGAUAUUUUAUCAAAAUAUAGUCGAGAAAGGGAAUCCAAUUUCUAUAAAACACUACGAUCAUAUGGUUUUCUGCAUAAUCUUGUUGAUUAUUAAAAUAUGCCGACUUUCUGUCCAGUUUUCGAAGCUAACUCCAUAUAUAUACCCGGUUCUUCAAGAAAUUGAUACCUCUAAGUUUUUGGCUCUUGUUAAACACUAUUUGUUCGAGACGAAGGUCCUCAGAAAAUGUAAUUUAUUACAGUUGCAAUGUCUCAUAUUACUAAGGUUCUUGCACUGGUGUGCCCCUGAAGAUGGCGAUGGACCCGAAACUCAAUAUUGUCAAAUCUUAAUGGGGACAAUAAUAUCAUCAUGUAAAGAAAUGGGCAUUAACUGGUAUUGCUUCUCUCAUCCAGAAAAAUAUUCAUUUAAAAUAAACCGACAUACGAGGCCUUCAUACGAUAUAAUGAAACCUAGCGAUUACAUUUCAGUUUUCAGAAAGAUAUGGAGUUAUGUUUUAUUUUGGGACAGGAAGAUGUGUUUUAUUAGCGGUGAAGAAUGUCAAAUUGGGAAAACCUUGCAGUGCCAUUUCAAAGAAGAAGCAGAUACACCCACAUGGUAUAUACGAAUGUUAACCCUGGAUAACUUGAUGAAAAAGAUAAACGAUACGUUGAACGAUGAUCCAGGAAAGGUAGAUUUGAACUUGUUGCACCGACUAAUAAAUGAUUUAAAAAGAAACUUUCAUAUUUUAAAAAGCCUGUCGAAAAACGAAAAAGAAACAAUGCGUCAUUUUGAUUUCGAAAUGGAAUGGAUAAUAGAUUUAUUCUCACUAAGUUUGCUGCACGGAGAAAUGAUCUUUUAUGAAUAUGACUGCAAUAUUACAAAAUUUUAUAAGAGUUUCCAAGAUUUGUGGGAUAUGGUCAUUCAUAUCUCAGAGAAGUGCUACAAUUACUUUUUUAACAGUGAUGCCUUAGAGGUGGAUUCAUUGACAAAGUUUUAUACCAAUAGAAUCGUGGAAAUUGUCGCAAACAAAGUUUUGGUCAUUGUUCCGGCAUUCAUUCUCAGAGGAGACCGCUUCAAAACAAUUCAGUACGCCGACAAGAAGAAAAUGAUAGAAUUUCUUUACGGGGUCUCGUCUGUGUAUUUUAACGAAUUUGGCUUUGAGUACUAUCGUUGUUUUAGAAAAAUGUUCACCGCUAAAAUUGCCUACAAGAUCUUGAAUCGCUCAUGUGAAAAAGAUGCAUGGAGAAUUAUUUUAAAAUUUUUGCUGAAUGAAUUGAAACUAGAAGAUAACGGUGAUAGUUAUAUAGAUUACAACGAUAUGAGAUUAAAUGACAUCUGUCCAAUAAUACUAGAAUUUCAGGAGACAGUACAAAAAUAUGAUGGGUAUAGGCCAGAUAUUCUAAGUAUAUGGAACAAUGAGUUUUAUCCCAUAGGUAAAUACAACGAUGAUAUGACAGGAUUUAAGUUUCAAAUGCGCAUAAAGGAAAUGCAAGAAUUCUUGGAUAUGGAGAAAUAUUCCGACAGGUUUAAUAUUUUUUCAUCCUUUUAUGAUCACGCCAGUUCACAAUUAGCUAAACAUACUGAAGUUGAUACCAACAUAAGCAUUACGAAUGAACAAGUAGCUGAAAUUCCGCAAAAAGAACUACUACAACAACCUUUAGCACCCGCUUUGCCUGUUAAUGAUUUAAUUGUCUCAGAGUUUGACGUGAUUGAAGAUAUUUUUGAUCCUGUGGAUUUCGUAUCAUUUUUUUAA